AUGACUAGAAUAGCGGAAUUGGAGCAGAUCGCGAAAGAAAAAAAUGAGCUUGAAGUUAGAAUUGUGGAAUUAGAACGAUCCGCAAAAGAAAACAUUGAGCUGAGAUCCAGAGUUAUGAAAUUGGAACAAAUAGUAUCACAAAAUAACUCACGGAGUGGGGAUACUAUCGUAUCUAAAGAAAAGAGUAACUUUAUUAUUUCUCGAAGUGAAACCAAACAGGUAAAUACAUUCGUCCCAAAAGAACAAUCUUCGGCUAAUAUCAGUGACACAACUCAUAAAUCAUUGGAAGAUGAGGAGAUCGAUGGAUUCCUGGAUACAAAGCGUAAGGAAAGGGUAGGUGAAGAGAUUAUUCAGAUUAUUAAAGAAAAGAAACUUCAAGAUCAAGAGGUGUCUUCAGGAAGACAAGACACUUCUCCAGAAGAACUGAUUUCCCCUCCAUUACCUUCUCAUAAUGAAAAUUCUAAUCCUGAAGUGAAACUUUCUUAUUCGGAGCCUAAAUCAUCUACUAAUCUAUUAUCCAAUCAGAAAAUUCCUUAUAAUCAAAAAGUAGAGCGAGGUUUAAGGCACGAGCUAUUUAUUUGCACUAAAGAGAAUAAUGAUAAGUCUAGUAAAGUAUUUGAUAUUCAGAUUCCUGAAUUCUCUUUAGAAACAAUUUUAACGGGAUCUAGUAAGGUCACAUCACAAAAUAUAGUUGAUCUAUUUAGGGUAGCAAUGAAGAAUUCAUCUACGUCAUCUCGUCAACCGAUUCCUAUGACUAAUCCAAAUAAGAUGGAAUGCCUUUAUCAAUAUGCUGUUGAAAAUGGUCUUGAUCCCGAAAAAUUUUCG